AAAGUGUGCCCGGAAGUGACGCGAGUCGUGCUGGUCGCAAGCUAGGGAAGGGUUGAGCGAAUCGCUGAGGCUAGCGGGCCCGGCGGGCGUCCUCGGCCACUAUGAGCUGCACGAUCGAGAAGAUCAUGACAGACGCCAAGACGCUGCUGGAGCGUCUGCGCGAACACGAUGCGGCGGCCGAGUCCCUGGUGGACCAGUCGGCCGCGCUGCACCGGCGGGUAGCGGCGAUGCGGGAGGCGGGCACCGUGCUACCCGAGCAGUAUCAAGAGGAUGCACCCGACGUGAAGGACAUGUCUAAAUAUAAACCUCACAUUCUGCUGUCCCAAGAGAAUACCCAGAUUAGAGACUUACAACAGGAAAACAGAGAGCUGUGGGUUUCCUUGGAGGAACACCAGGAUGCUUUGGAACUCAUCAUGAGCAAGUACCGGAAACAGAUGUUGCAGUUAAUGGUGGCUAAAAAAGCAGUGGAUACCGAACCGGUUCUGAGAGCUCACCAGUCUCACUCUGCAGAAAUUGAAAGUCAGAUUGAUCGAAUCUGUGAAAUGGGGGAAGUGAUGAGGAAAGCAGUUCAGGUGGAUGAUAACCAGUUUUGUAAGCUUCAGGAGAAACUAGCGCAACUAGAGUGAACCAUAACUGUGCCUAACAGCAACCUUUGACGUCUCCAGAAGGAUGAUGGGGCCCCAGAACUGUAAACAGAGACUGUGCUUUCCUUUCCCAGACUUCCAAACCCAAAUAAUCACACAAAAACUACAGGCGGUGGUGGCACACGCCUUUAAUCCCAGUACUUUGGAGGCAGAGGCAGGAGGAUCUCUGUGAGUUCGAAGCUAGCCUGGGCUAUAAGAGCUAGUUCCAGGACAGGCUCCAAAGCUACAGAGAAACCCUGUCUUGAAAAACAAACAAAAAAAAUUAUUAAUUACAACACUCUUUGGCCAAUGGCUCGGGAAUAUUUCUAGCUAGCUCUUACAUUAAAUUAAUCCAUUUUUAUUAGUCUAUAUUUGGCCAUGUGGCUAUGGCAUUACCUCAUUUACUACAUAUCUUGUUUCCUCCAUAGUUGACUGGCAUCUCCUUGACUCCAUCUAUUCUCUACAUAUAUCUUUGUUCAGAUUUCCCAUCUGGUUUUACUCUGCUAAGUUAUUGGCCAUAACAGCCUUAUUCAUCAACCAAUAAAAGCAACACAUAUACAGAAAGACACUCCAUAUCACAGAACAACAAUUCCACCUGGAUUGUGGUAAUGCCACUAAGUUGACAAACCUCGCAAAGAUCAGCUUUGGACUACAGACUGCUGAAACAACAUGAAAAGGAUUAGCUAAGAUGGUCCAGCCUCAUAGACUACUGCAGCCAGGACAUCAGAUAAGCCCUGCACAUUCCCAUCGCACCGAGACUGGACAACAGCUAACUCUCCCAGGAUUUUAUCAUCAUUUCAGUUUUUCAGGUCCCCUAAAAGUGCCAUCAUCCCAGACAACAGGAACUAAUUUUAAGAACACAAUACCCACAUUCCCAAGAGGUAGGGUGGGUGGGUUUUGGUUGUUCCAUGGAUUACAGAUGAUUAUCAUCAUUUAGAGAGUAUUAUUUGCAAGUAUUGUUGGUCAUAGUCAGGGAGAAAACUAAGCAAAGGAGAUUAGAUUCAGGAAUCUUGUUCUGCAAAGAAAAUGAAGGUAUAGGAAUAAUAGGAUAAAGGAGCAAGUUAUUGAAUCGACUUUUAAACUAAAAAAGCAAUUACUGGUCUUAAAUAUUUUACAUCAGUACGAAUUUUGUAUAUUGAUACAAAUUUAAGGUUAUUAUUGUUAUAUUGUAUAUAUAUUUCUACAAAUAUGAGGUUAUUUUUGUUAUUCUAUAUGUGUGUUUCUAUUCUUGUUUACGGUAUUGUACCUAUGCAGUUCAUUUAACGAUGUAAUGUAAAUUUCUAGUCCUUGAAAGUUAUCAUUACAAACUAUUUAGGAUGAUAAAGUAAUGCAGGUUACUAGUUAGUCUCCUAUAACAAUCAGACUUGUAGUCACAUUAGGUGUGUCUUCAAGAUCAAACAGAUACAUUUUAGAUAGACAGGUAGUCCUCAAACACUUCAGAGAUCUACAGAAUACAGUAUUUAAAAUGUUUUAAUAGCACAAGGCUUUUCUUGACAAUGAGACACAUCUGCUUUUGGCAGCACCAAUAUACUUCAAAAAAGGAUGAUGGGCAUUGAAGAACCUCCACAAGGAGUUUGCUUUCUUUAUUACAAAAGCUAGCCAUUUGGGCAAGAAACUGCCCUUGCCUCAACUGCUGACAGUAUGCUGUCCAAACUGGACCAGCAGGACGCACAAAAAAGUGACUGCUGGACUUUGCCAAGACAGGAUGGUCCUUUAAAAAUGUUUACUUCCCAGCAAAAUCUGUCAGAUAUUCUAGGCCUGUGGACUAAAGACGGAUGCCCCAACUUUACGAGGAAACUUAGCCAACUGUCCAUGCAGCCAGCUGUUUCUGUUGUUUCUUUUAGUUUUGGAAGUUGCUUGUUCUCUACUUCUUUUUUACUGAGGUAAUGUUAUAUCCUUCUGGGGUCUUUAAUUGAGUUGAAAACUAGAUAGUCAUAGUUUUCAUUAGUUAUAUUAGAAGAUAAAUUAGGUACAGGCUUUGGACUCAUCCAGAUAGAAUACAUAAUUUGGUAUUUCACACCAAAUACAAAUGACAAAUACAAAUUACAAAUGAUUGUAAAUGUAAUUCUUACCUGAUAAUUAUUCUUAUUGUUUAUAGUUUUACCAUGUUAGAGUUAAAACCUUAUCUUCUUAUUUAGACAAAAAGGAAGUGUUGUGGAAUAAUCAUUUUGUACUCUGUGAAGAUGUGUCACUUUGAUUGGUUUAUUAAAAAGCUGAACGGCCAAUAGCUAGGAAUGAUUUUCAGGGCAGAAAGAAUGCUGGGAAGAAGGUGGAGUUGCCAGCUACACAGAGAAGGAACAAAACAUCCAGGAGAACAGAUAAAUGUCAUGAGUCACAUUGUAAUACAUAGAUGACUAGAAUUGGGUUAAUUAAAAUUAUAAGCGCUAGUGGGACAAGCAUAAGCUAUUGGCCAAGCUUUCAUAAUUGAUAAGAAGUCUCCAUGUGAGCCAGGCAGUGGUGGCGCACGCCUUUAAUCCCAGCACUCGGGAGGCAGAGGCAGGUGGAUCUCUGUGAGUUCGAGGCCAGCCUGGUCUACAAAAGCUAGUUCCAGGAUAGGAACCAAAAAGUUACGGAGAAACCCUGUCUCAAAAAAANAAAAAAAAAAAAAAAAAAAAAAAAAAAAAAAAAAAAAAAAAAAAAAAGAAGUCUCCAUGUGGUUAUUUGGGAGCUGGCUGUUGGGACAGAAAAAUCCAGCUACAGGGCAUGGUGGCUGCAUAGUGAGACCCUGUCUUAAAAAAAAUAAAUUCUUUUGGGUGUAUGUGUACAUGUGUGGAAGGGUAGGAGGCACUAUGUGCCAUGAUGCACACGUGGAGAGGACAGCCUCAGGUGCUUGUCUUCCACCUUGUUAGCAGCAGCGCCUCUUGUUUCCUUCUGUGUACACCAGGAUAGCUGACUCCAAGGUUUCUCCUGUCUCCUCCUAGCUCACCACAGAAGAGCUGGGGUUAAAGAUGUGUUGGUACCUCUCUGUCUUUUUUAUGUGGGUUCUGGGAAUUCGACAUCAAGUCCUUGGACUUGUGUUGUAAGCACUUUACCCACUGCCUGCUCAUCUCUAAGUGGCUUUCUGGGACUGGUGUGUGUGAGAGACCAGUUUGGAGGGACUCUCAGAAGCUGGGGCUUUUGCCAGAACUGUGAUAACUUAUUGUAGCUUCUCAAUACAGUUGAGAGACAGGAAAAACAAGUAUGAAGCUGCUGCUCAUGCAACAGGGCAUAUUAGCUUACAGUAGGCUUUGUCUAAAUAUGAGUAUGCUACCGUUCAAAAGCACAGAUUACUACAUGACUGGGUAACAGGCAUUUCUUUUCAUUAUCAGUUAUGCACUUUACAUAAUUGCAUUGCUAUGCUC